CUAAUGUGAGCAGAGAGUGCUGCAAGGCACUAAGCAGUGCAGGUGUCACGUGUGUGUUGCUGCACGUCUGCCCGAAUAAUUCAUGUCACUCUGACCUGCUCUUGGCCCGUGGUGUUCUGUCUUCCGCUGUUGUUAACCCAGAUCAGCGAGAAAAGGUGAGUGUGCACGACUCCCCCCGUGGACUGCACUGAAAUAUGCUUCAGAAAACAUCCAGGCGUCGGAUUUUGUGACCUGAAGUUUACCUAAGUGCCCACAGGAAGUUGCACACAGCAGAGAUCUUAUGAUUUAAACAUGCAAAGAAAAGUGUUCUGCCUGUUUUGGAAGGUUUUUACAUUUUUAUGUUGAAGCAAAUCGGAUCAAUUUAAGGUUAUUCAAAGGAAUUUAUGUUCAGCUCCCCAGGGUGUAUAUAUUAUAAAAUCACCUUUUACAAAUUACAACUAGAUGGAAUUGAGCUGUUGUCUUAUCGAUUGUUUUUUGUUUUUUUCAGGACAGCAUGAUGCUGCCACCACAAUGUGUUACCAUGGGGACGGUGGAUUCAGGGUGAUGUUUUGGCUCAGAUAGGAAUCUGAUUAAAACUAAUCUGUGUUGUUGUAACUGUGCCCAAGGAUCCUCAUUUCCUCUAACAACUUAUCAGCGGUCGUAAACCAGACCCAAGAAUCUGUCUUGUGAAUUCGACAGAGUUGUAAAAAUGAGUAACAGUUUAGCUCCAAGAUAAAAAAAAAAAAAACAUAACUUGGGAUCGUUCCAAUAUAAGUCCCAGUAAAAACAAAACAACUUUACAGCUCCCCUCCCCCCGUUGACUCACCGGCGUAUAAACCUAUCGAUGUCAAAGGUUGCCUCUUGUGUUUUACUUUAUCUCUUUGCAGAAAAGCAAAACGAAUCCCGCAGUUUUUGAGGUUUGAAAUCGACUGCUUAGAUUUAACACCUAUUUUAAGACGGUUCCACUUUUAAACUUCCUUCAAAGUGUUGCAUGCCAUGUUUGAAAUGGGAACGCUGUCCCUCCCUGCGAGUUGGUGGGAGAUAAGGAAGGUGAAAGACUUGCACCGGUUUGUCCCGCUGAGAUCAUGUAGCUGAGGUGGAUCUGUUAAUGAUUUUGAGAAUCUGUGAUCAAGCGCGUGUGUGUGUCUGUGGGUUUUUUUGUUUAGUUUUUUCCUGGGAUGAGAGCACGCCGAUGAACACCUGGGUAAUGGGAGAGAACAGAAGAGACUCUCUUUUCACAGAAUCACUUUAUUGACUACUUCCUCCAACAGUUUUUGGUUCGAUUGCGAUGGAUUCAGUGAAGAAAAGCAAAGGACAUGACAACCUGGGAUUUGAUUUGCAGGAGCAAAUCCAUGAUCCGGAGGAGAAGCCUAGCUGGAGCAGCGGUGUGGCAGAGGAGGACAGAAAUAAACCAACCUACUGUGUGACUGAUGUCCCUCCUUGGUACCUUUGCAUUUUCUUGGCUGUUCAGCACUACCUUACGGCAUUUGGUGGGAUCAUUUCCAUCCCCCUCAUCCUCUCCGAGGGUCUGUGUCUGCAGCAUGACACCCUGACCCAGGGCCUUCUGAUCAACACCAUAUUCUUUGUUUCGGGCCUCUGCACCAUUCUGCAGGUCACCUUUGGUGUCAGACUUCCUAUCCUGCAGGGAGGCACGUUUGCCUUGGUGACUCCAGCCAUGGCCGUGUUGUCUAUGCCAGAGUGGCAGUGCCCGGCUUGGACACAGAAUGCCAGCUUGGUCAACACCUCCUCCCCUGCUUUUAUCGAAGAGUGGCAGGGCCGCAUGAGAACACUGCAGGGCUCCAUUAUGGUGGCCUCUGUCCUCCAGAUUCUUGUUGGUUUCUCUGGCCUCAUCGGGUUCCUCAUGCGCUUCAUCGGGCCCUUAACCAUUGCCCCCACCGUGUCUCUGAUAGGCCUGGCUCUGUUUGACUCGGCGGGAGUAAAAGCUGGCAGCCACUGGGGUAUUUCUGCUUUGACGACGGGGCUGAUCAUCGUGUUCUCUCAGUACCUCCGUCUCAUACCGAUUCCUGUUCCCUUGUGCUGCAAAAACAAGAAAAGGAAAACCGCAAAGUUUUACAUCUUCCAAACCAUGCCUAUUCUGCUGGGCAUCACCAUCUCGUGGUUAGUCUGUUACCUCCUCACCAUAUCUGAUGUCCUGCCGUCUGAUUCUGCUCGCUACGGUUACCUGGCCCGCACUGAUGUGAAGGGAAAUGUGGUGAGCAAGGCCUCUUGGUUCACGCUGCCAUACCCCGGCAGGUGGGGGGUUCCAACCGUGAACCUGGCAGCUGUGGUUGGGAUGCUGGCCGGAAUAGUCUGCUCCAUGGCAGAGUCUGUGGGCGACUACCACGCCUGCGCCAGGUUGUCGGGGGCGCCUCCUCCUCCGAGGCACGCCAUCAGCAGGGGCAUCGGCGUGGAAGGGAUCGGCUCUUUGCUGGCAGGGGCCUUCGGGACGGGCAAUGGCACCACGUCUUUCAGCGAGAACGUGGCGGCUCUCGGUAUCACCAGGGUGGGUAGUCGGACUGUGAUUCUCCUGAGUGGAUUUCUCAUGAUUCUGAUGGGAGUGGUGGGCAAAAUUGGGGCCGUCUUCACCACCAUUCCCACUCCUGUCAUCGGAGGGAUGUUUCUGAUCAUGUUCGGUGUCAUAUGUGCUGCUGGGAUUUCCAAUUUGCAGUUUACAGACAUGAAUUCUUCUCGGAACAUCUUCGUGUUUGGGUUCUCAAUUUUUUCGGCACUUACCAUCCCAAACUGGAUCAUGAAGAAUCCCGGCGUCCUAGAGACGGGUGUCAAAGAGGUGGACCAAGUUCUGCAUGUGUUGUUCACCACCCAUAUGUUUGUAGGAGGGUUCCUCGGCUGCUUCUUGGAUAACACGAUUCCUGGGACCAAGCGUGAACGUGGCAUUCUCACCUGGAACGCAGGACAUCCCGAAGACUCCAGUAACGACUUGGCGUCAGAAGAGGUUUACAGUCUCCCGUUUGGGAUAACGACGUGCCUUCAAAAGCAGUCCUGGAUCCGCUACAUCCCCUUUUGCUCACCAAAUGGACCUGAGUCAGGGGACGGCAUGCCAGAGAGCGAGGGGACUGAGCAAAUGACAAGAGUUUAAACUUUAAAAAAAAAUAAAAAAACAAAUCAUGGUAUUAGUGUAAUUAGGUCACAAAUUAAAAAAAAAAAACCCUGAAAUAAUUAAUUUGGUUUCACUUUUCUUUGAGCAUUGAUUAUCAUAGCCCAUUUGAUUCAUUGUAAAUUGCUGUUGAUGUUGUCCUGAGUGAAACCGUGAAUGGUGUCCUUAUUGUGUUUAAGUUGAAAUGUCCAGAAACCAUCACAGUGUUUAUUCUUGAGGAAAUGACAGCUUAAUAAUGUUUCUGUUCCACAUGGAGCAGACGUGACGGCCUCUGUCAACACUUUGAAAAAAAAAGUGAACUACUGAAUGAUUAAAGUGUUAAAGUAAUGCGCCA